AUGAAGCAGCUGACAGAAUAUGGCGAAGUAUUCGAGGAACUGUUUACCAAAAGUUUUUACCAUUAUGGUUUAUUAGUGGGUCGCUAUCCAGGACGUUUUCUGGCCGGAUCACUUCUAUUCACCGUAAUUUGUAUAACCGGUCUGCCGGCUCUGAAGAUUAAUUUAGAUCUGUAUAAACUGUUCGUUCCACUGGAUGCGCCAGUACGUGAGGAGUAUGACAGGUUCUUUUAUCCGUUUUAG